UGUAUUCUCACUAAGGUUUAUUCCCUAACCCCAGAAUCUAUAUUAAGAUUUGACGAUACCCCAGAGUCCACUCUGAAGAGACACGGAUAUUACUGUCGAUCCCGAAAGGUUGGGAGUGCCAUUCGGGCUCGAUCUUGUAUUACAUGCGCGAGAGGCAAGGCCCGCUGCGAUAAUCAGCGGCCUGAAUGCUCGAGAUGCAAAGCCAAAGGCAUUGAAUGCCGUUACCCAAGUAAAACGUCCAAGCCUCCAGGGCCAAGAACUCAGCAGCCUAAGUCCGAUGGACAGACCGAGCGACUGACGCCGGUUACUCUGUCGGUGGCAGAUAUUCCCGACGUUGAAGAUUUUCUAGAAGCGAGCAAUGAUGGUGAUAUCCUUCUUGAUGGAGCCCUAGUCAUUCCUGACUCCGAAUUCACAGCUCUAGGAGGGGGGUAUAGUAACCAGAAUGUACCGGAUCUGGCUUUCGCCGAUUUCCUAAAUGCGCAUAUGCAUGACGAGAAUGUUCAGUAUACUCCAUCAGGGUCGCCAGCUUCCGUCUAUCAGUCCACAUCUUCGGCCGAUGAAACAGCCCAAAGGCAACACCCCAUGUCAUCUCCCACGCUAUCAAUACCACCGGUACCAGCUCAAGCUAUCCGAUCGCUUGUCCAGCGACCGAAUAUGGGAAGUGGGACCCACAGAAUUGCAAAGCUCAUACUCCACAAUCUUAGAUCCUAUCCCCAGAUGAUGCUGCGCCACAACACACUUCCACCCUUUAUCCACCCUUCUGUGGUAUCUUCCGAUCCUGGUAACCCCGAUAUGGAGCCACUAACCAACUGCAUCGCCCUGGUGCAUAUGAUCGGUAGCGGGACCCAAGCGAGUCGAAAGCUGUUCUGGAAGAAUGUACGGAUGGAAUGUGAACGGCUAUGCGAAGAGCACCCGAAUUUAAAUAAGUGGGAAAUGCUGGCUGCUAUGCAAGCCCUCUCCAUCUAUAUCAUCAUUCGAUUAGAUGAAGGCGAGACGGAUCACAAUAACGUUGAUGUCCUAUUGCUCAAGACCAUUAUAGCAAUUUCUAAGCAGUUCAACUGCAGCGACAUCGCCAAAAAUGUAAAGUUUGCGCUACACAACCGGGAUCUCAAAAGCAGCUGGAAUGAUUGGAUCUUUGAGGAGUCAAGACGAAGAUUAUGCGUGAUUUAUCGAGUGGUGAAUAUGCUAGUCUACUUCGAACCAGCGGCAAUGUGUGGUUUAAAAACAGACCUUGUUAUAGCACCACUGCCGGGAAAGAAGCAGCUAUGGGAGGCAGGUGAUGAGCUUAUGUGGAAGGUGGAAAGCCAGAAAGAACCUGGGAUCCAGACUGCAUUUGGACUGGCUGCGAAUGGUGACCUAGUUCAACUGGGGGAUGAUCAUUUAUGUUCGACCCCUGAAUUGCUACUCCAUGAGAACUUUACUACCAGGGGCUCGGCGCCUUGGGAGGAGUGGUGCUCGGGGAUGGAUGGGUUUGGCGGCCUUGUAAUGCUUGCUGCUUCUUUAAUAGGGUAGAACUAGA